UUUAGCCCACUGUUUGGAAUGUCCGGCUCCGGAAUCUCAUCAAAUGGUCGCACGUCGUGCGAUCCCGGCCAGCCGAUCCACAGUCCUCCGCAGUCGAUCACCACUGGCCCUAAUGCCGUCACUAGCCCACCAGCACUAAAGACAACGUUUUUUUUUUUGCAUCCCUCUGCCAGCUUCCAUGUUAUUGUGGUUUGAUGGAACAACAUAACAACGGUUUGCGGCCACUCCAUAUAACGUAAGGAUUUUUCAAACGGAUGGCUGGUAUUUGUUUCAAUUCCGUUGGAUACGGAAGUAAUGCAACCCAAACAGCAAAGACCACAACUUUUCCACAAAUCAAAUUUGUCAAUUAUUUCUCUCCUGGCAUUUUGUCCUUUAUGAAGACCUAAAACUCAAGACCGACCUCGUGUUACGUGUCAGUUAGCAGUGGGUAGCAGGAUCGCGCACUUGGAAGUCUCUGUACUUUAGUACCUUGCAUCGCACAAUUGCACCUUUCAGUAACUGACUUGGACUGCCGGACCUUUUUCACACACCUCUUGUGAUACGGACGAACGAACGUCUUACGUUGGCUUUUAACGGAAGCCGACCAAGCCGCAGCAGUCGCCGCCGCAGCAGCCGGUGAGAUGCCAAUUGGCAUCGCAGGAGACGGGAACACUAGCACUUCACUACGCAGCCGCUCGAGGUUGCCUGGAUUGCGUCAAAAUGCUAAUUGAAUCGCCUUCUUUGGAUUUCAGUGCUGAUAUGCAAAUGGAAAACGACGUGACACCAGUUUACCUGGCCGCCCAGGAGGGUCAUCUGGAGGUGCUUAAAUACUUGGUAACCGAUGCAGGCGGUUCGCUGAACAUGCGAGCUCAAGAUGGAAUGGCUCCCAUUCACGCUGCCGCUCAGAUGGGCUGUCUCUCUUGUCUUCAAUGGAUGGUCUCGUCCAAAGCCGUCGAUAUUAACUCCAAGGACGGUGAUGGAGCUACGCCAUUGCAUUUUGCUGCCAGUCGUGGACACGUCGAUGUUGUGCGCUGGCUGCUGGCCAAAGGGGCCAAAGUUACUCUAGACAAGUUCGGCCGUUCGCCGCUCAAUGAUGCAGCAGAAAACGAGCAAUUGGAAUGCUUGACGCUGCUGGUGCAGAAUGGCACCGAUCCAGACUACGAAUCGGAUUUGAUGAUGUUACAAUCGGAAGAUGGCAGCAGUCGGUCACCCAGCUGCGUCUGUUCCAAACAGCGUUCAGCACAAAGCAAUUGCAGCACACUGGAUGAAGUAUCAGAAGAAGUGGAGGAAGAAGAUGAUAUCGAUUCGUCCUGCUCUCCAAGCUGCGAUUGCUUGCACUCGAGUAGCUCGACGUGUCACUCACCGGUCACUGAAUCCGAGCCUACUCUCAGUAGGAAACGAAAUGAAACUAUAAAAGACGAUUCCGGCCAACACCGAAAGCCGUUCUAUUUGCAUCCUCGCAAAGAAAUGGAAUUAUCGACACUGUCAAGAGCCGUACCCAAUCAAACAAGCUUCUUUUUAAAUCCGUCCGAUCAGCUGGAGAACCGCAAAAACCAAAACUUGAGCUCCAGCCAUCGUCACCACCAUCACCACCGUCACAGCCAUCACCGUCACAGUCAUGACGACGAACUCAGUGACCAGCAGCAACAGCCAUUCUAUCUGCACGAUCCAGACUCAAUCGUGUACACGCGUGUCAAAGAAUUGUUUGUUGUUGGCAAGUUGAACGAGAAGAAACGGCCAGCAAACUUAGCUGGAGCGGGCUUCAGCGAAUUGAAUGACUCGGAAACUGCGCGAUGCCGUUCUGGCAGUUCAAAAAUGGCUACGACUGAGUCAGCCUCCGAAUGCGACAGUUCGGAUUCAUCUGCCAGCGUAACAAACGACGACGAUCAUAAUAAUAACCUAAUACAAGCGGUCCAAUCGGAAGAAUUCCACGCAACCAGUAGUCAUCAGACGUCUUCCGGUUCAUCGUCCGCCUUGUCCUCGCCACCUACGCCGACGUCUUCGUCUUCUCCUUCUUCUCCCUCAUCUUCCUCUUCUUCGAGAUCCGCUCGGGGACCGGAAAAUGAGUACGAGGAGAUCUAUUCUGUUCCGACGUCCAAUCCCCGAAGCGUCUAUGAAAAUCCGAGUGCUCUUCGGAAUGAUAUGUCUUCAGAUGAUGAAGACGAUAUCAUCUCCAUCCCUCCGCCACCGGAAUUCUGCGGAUCGCCACCAGAAGGUACCAAUGACUUUCCGCAUUAUCGUUCCAGACAAUCAGACAGUUCAUUCAACCGCGUAGCGAUGUCUUCUCCCAUAGGAAUAGAGCACAGCCGGCAAUCGAAUUCAUCUAACACGCUGCCGCCACCGCCUCCUCCUCCGCCGCCGUUCCGAGCCGAGGACUCGAGGGAAGAGGGAAAUCUUGCCGACGUGGAAAGUUCUUCCGCAACUUCGUCGUUGGUUUCAACAUUGGAUUCGGGUUCCGAAUCUGAUCGAAGUAACGACGAUGACAACAGUAGUGUCGGUGGCCCGAUAAAUCUCACUUUGGCCGAAGCCACUAAGCAGUUCUACGCUACAAGAAACGCCGAGGAUCCAACAAUGAAGCCUUCAUUUCUUCGCAAUACAAGAAAGGGCGUUCGCAAUGAAUCAGGUCAUACUCGUUUGAAUCGACCAAUGUCUCUACCCGCCGACAUUGGUGACGCGCUAAUGGAAUCCUUGCGUUUACAUGCCGACCAACAACAGUCUGCCAAUCAGGCAGGGGGCACCAAUGGCCCGAUCGGAAGUAAUAAACACAUCCUGCUGAGCAAACAUAUGGCUCUACCCUUCAUCCCGCCGAAAUUUCCGUCACCCUCGGAGACCGACACAUUGAUCAAACCGUCAGAAUACCUGAAGUCGAUUAAUUUGACUCAGCCGUCCAACAGAUCUAGCCGACCACCGCAACGGCACAUACCUGUGCCUGUCGUCUAUGCUUCCGCACCUUUGAAUCUAUUCGAAGAAGUGAAGGAACAGGAAGAAGGCCGAGCGGAACAGGAGCAAGGAGACUUGAACGAUGUAGAGAGAGAACAUGUUUAUGAAGAGGUUCAGUCAUUGCCCGACAAAGACGAAGUCAAAUUGCAAACAGUAGCGGAAAGGAAUGAAACCGUGCCAAUUGUUCCCGCAGUCAUGGAGACGACCAAAAGUCCCGUAGUCGCACUGCUCAGCAAUGCGUCCUUGUCAGCGCCGCCUCCGCCUCCGUUACCUGCCAUUCUGGAGGAUGACCACUCCGUUCACUACGUCAGGCCUGUGACGAGUGCGCCAACUGGCAGCCAAACGCAACAACAUUUGCAACCGCAUCAUGCUCCAUUGGCUCCAACCAACUCCCUGUCCCAACCUCUGUCGUCAAUUAGCAUUCUUGACCUUCAAAGUGUUCAACUGCGCAAGACAGACAACAAACUGGCGAAAACUGUAUCGGCCCCAUCGAAGCCCUCUGCAUCUCUUCCAAUUGUUGAGGUAAUUCCCGUUCAGCAAGACUUGAUCGCCGAGCUGAAAACCUGUAAAGACAUUUCGGUUGUCGGUAUUAAAAAGCUGAAAGUCGAGCGGGCCAAGGAAGAAGUUCAACAAGAGCAAUCUCAAGCAAAAGAGUUUGAGAAGCAAUUUACAUACGACAACUUCCUGGAAAAGGUGCCGGAUAAGGAUUUGACCGGAGCUGUGAUUCCCGACUGGAAACGGCAGAUGCUUGCUCGUAAAGCAGCUGAAAAAGCCAAAAAGGAAGCUGAGGAACAACGCCAGCGAGAACUAGAGGAAAAAAGGCAGCAAUCCAUGCCGGCAUGGAAACGCCAACUUUUGCAGCGUACUAGCACUACGUCUGAGCGUAAAGAAGUUGAAGACACCAAGCAAAUCCCCAAACACAGCCAUCCGAUCGAAGAAAAGGUGAAAAGUGAACCCGUACCAGUUGCGCCGUCGGUAGAUAAUAAUCAAUUGUCCUCGACUCUGCGGCCCGCUGAAGCUACGGGAGUGGGCGUUAUAAUUUCUCCUUGGCGGAUGAAUCUUAAGAAGACCAGCAGCACACUGAACCCGAGAGACUAAUAAUAAAAAUAAUAAUAAAUAAAAAAUAAACUAAAAAAUAAUUUUUUUUUUCUGAAACGUGAUAUUAUAGAUUUUUCUCGUUAUUUUAUCGUCGGAAUUUCCCUGUUUCAAUUUUAUCUUAACUUUUCUCCCAUUGGGUUGUUGGCUCUAAAUUUUUCGAAUGCUUUUCAGUGUGGCUUUAUGUAAAUAAUCAGAAAAAAAUCUGCUUUUGAAUACCCACAUUCUGGGACGUUUCUUUUGUUGUUGUUACAGGAGCAAUAUACAUUUUAAUUGGUUCAAA